GAAUCUCACCCAUCGUCAUCCUCAUGUAAAUACCAACACCCACGCACACCCCUCGCUUCGCCUCCCACGACCUCCUUCAACAACCGCUCUAACCCCCACCGAUCCCCAGCUCUGUCUCCUCGUCUCUUUCUCUGUCUCUGCCCCUGUUCUGCUUCCUCCACAGAGCAUUCAUCAAUGGCGGUCGUCACCUCCAAAUCUCAUCUCCUCCUCCUCCUCCUCUGCAUCCUCUCAAUAGGCAGUGCUAUUGUAUCGGCGACGGUCUUCACCCUCCAGAACCAAUGCAGCUACACCGUGUGGCCCGGCUCUCUCUCCGGCAACGGCGCCGCCCUCCUCGGCGACGGCGGCUUCAUCCUGCCCCCAGGGAGCUCCGUCCAGUUCCCAGCCCCGCCGGGCUGGUCCGGCCGCUUCUGGGGUCGCACCGGCUGCAGCUUCGACGGGUCCGGCGCCGGGACCUGCGCCACAGGCGACUGCCCCGGCGGGCUCAAGUGCACCGGCGGAGGCGCCCCGCCGGUGACCCUGGUGGAGUUCACCAUCGGCGCUCCGAACGCCAGCGGUCAGGACUUCUACGACGUGAGCCUGGUGGACGGGUACAACGUGGGGAUGGGGGUGCGGGCGACGGGCGGCACCGGCGGCUGCCAGUACGCGGGCUGCGUGGCGGACAUCAACGACGACUGCCCGGCGGAGCUGCGGGUCGCCGACACGUCGGGGCGGGUGGUGGCGUGCAAGAGCGCGUGCGAGGCGUUCAACGCGCCGGAGUACUGCUGCACCGGCGACCACGGGACGCCGCAGACGUGCGGGCCGUCGCAGUACUCGGAGACGUUCAAGAGGGCGUGCCCGACGGCGUACAGCUACGCGUACGACGACGCCACGAGCACGUGCACGUGCACCGGGUCGGACUAUCUGAUCACUUUCUGCCCGGCCCAGUCGUAAUGCCUCGAGAUGCGAGCAUUACACUCGUAUUAUGUUAUUAUUACCAUAGUGGGUUUAGAUGUUUGAGUAACAUGGGGUUUGAGAUUUGUUGAUAUUAUUAUUCAUUGAAAAUUUAGUCUUCA